AUGCAGCCACGGGCCGUGCCGGUGCUCUCCGGGGGCGGGAGAGGGAGACAGUGCUCCACCUCCGCGAUUCCCGAGCGCGCCGAGCUCCGGCGGCUGAGCUCGCCCGGCAGCGCUGCAGCCGCGCCGGCUGUGGGCCGGGACGGCCGCCCGGCCAGCGGCUCCGGGAGCGCGCAGGGGGUGGCCGGGGCUGCCGAGUGCCCGGCCCGGGAUGCCGGGGGCUCCCAGGGCGCCGGGCCGGCGGAACGCGCCGGGGGGUGCCGGUGCGGUGCCGGUGCGGGGCCAGGGCCGGUGCGGGUCGCGAUGCCGGGCGCGGUGCGGACGCUGUGCCUGGCCGCGCUGCUGGGCGCGCUGGGGGCCGGCGGCACGGAGCUGACGCUGGAGCUGCCCGACAGCGCCCAGCGCUGCUUCCACCAGGAGCUGGAGAGCGGCGUCAAGAUCACCCUCGACUACCAGGUGAUCAGCGGAGGACACUAUGAUGUGGACUGCUACGUGGAGGACCCCAACGGCAAGACCAUCUACCAGGAGACCAAGAAGCAGUACGACAGCUUCUCGCACCACACCGAGGUCAAGGGUGUCUACACCUUCUGCUUCAGCAACGAGUUCUCCACCUUCUCCCACAAGAUUGUCUACUUCGACUUCCAGGUGGGCGACGAGCCGCCCAUCCUGCCUGACAUGAACAACCGCGUCACUGCCCUGACACAGCUGGAAUCCGCCUGUGUCACCAUCCACGAGAUGCUGAAGGCGGUGAUCGACUCCCAGACCCACUACCGGCUGCGGGAGGCGCAGGACCGCAGCAGGGCCGAGGAGCUCAACGGGCGCGUCUCCUACUGGUCGGUGGGGGAAACCCUCAUCCUCUUCGUGGUCAGCAUCGGCCAGGUGAUGCUGCUCAAGAGCUUCUUCACCGAGAAGAGACCCAGCAGCGGCGGAGCUGGCACCUAGAGCUGUGUGUCUGUGCCUGAGUGGAGCAGGCAGUGGGACAGCCGGGGCUGCUCUGUGCCGUGGGCAGGCGGGGGGUGGGAGCAGGGGGUGACACUGCUCAGCUGGGUGACACAGCCACCCAAGAGCAGGCGUCCCCCGGCAUCACCUCCCACUUGCCAUGGCCCGGCCUACCCUGUCCCCUCGCCUGGGCGCCCUGUCCCCCUCUCUGGCUGCACUGGAAGCGGGUGGGAGCAGCACCAGCACGGCACUGGGGCACCCUCGUGACUGGGACGUGACUGGGACGUGACCACACACUGCCCCUGAAGCCCUGUGCAGCCACCCAGGGCAGGGGCAGCGCCGGCACCCACCCAGUGCCCUCAGCCCGAGGAGAGCUGCCCUGGGCUGGGGGUCUCUGUCUGCACCCAGCUGUCCUGGGGCGGGCACGGUGCUCGCAGCAGCGGGGCCGCAGCAGCAGCAGCAGCACCCAGCAAGGGAAGGCUUUGUCUGGGUGGUGCUCUGGCUCUGCCAGCUCCUCCCCUCGCCGCAGUUCUCAGGCUGGCAGCAGGGGGUGUGCCCGUACCAGGUGGUAUUUUCAUCCUCACACGAGGCCGUGCCUGAGACUCAGCCCCCUCACACAUUCCCCCACCCUGUGGACACGUGCCAAGGAAGCCCCAUCCCUGCCCCAGAAGCACGGAGGACUCACGCCUGGGACUGCAGCCCCCAUUCCCUGGAGCCCCACAGGACCCCUGGAGUGACUGUGUGCUGGCCCUCCAGCCCUCAAGCAGGUGUGAGAUCAUUUUUCAGAGCUGAAGCAACUCCGCUAGAUUUUUCCUUUGCCACUUUCAAAUAAAUCCCUGCAAGCGUGGCUGGCA